CUUAUUUGUUAGGGGAUAUAAAAAAGCAUCUUACAUCCUGUUUACAGGCAGGUGUUUAAGACCUUAAACAGGGGUAGGCAAUAUGGACACAAUCCAAUGUUCUGAGAAUUACCACAUGUUUUAUGAUACUCUAUGUAUCUAAGUAUUCAGAAUUACUUUAUGAAAAACUAUAAUUAUGUUCAUCUCAUUAGACAGAUGAUCCACACCUACUAUAAUUAUCAAAAAUAUAUGUGUUUUUCGAGUAUUUAAGACAUCAUGCUGUGACAGAUUUUGGUAACAUUUAGCUUAUUAUUCAUAUAGAUAUGAGAACCAUAAACCACAAUCUCUAAGUGACAGUUCUCCUCAUCAUCACGACUGAUCACCCUCAUUUCCCUCUCCCUUCUCUUCAUCAUCAUUUCCCUCUCAGCUGGCCAGAGUGGGUGGUUGAUCCGGCAGAGAAGUUUUAUUAUGUCUGGCUUCAGGUCAUGAUCUUUCCCAUCGUCUACAACUGGGUGAUCAUCAUAUUGAGGACAUGCUUCACUACAAUUGCACUGAGCUACCUGCCUGUGUGGCUCACACUGGACUAUCUGGCAGACCUCAUGUAUAUGAUUGACAUGAUCAUCACCGUUCACACAGGUUACUUGGAUCAGGGCAUCUUGAUCAAGGACCUAACUCAGCUGAAGAAGCGCUACCUGCACUCUAAAUGUUUCUUUAGGGACCUGGUUUCCCUGCUGCCCACCGACUUCCUCUACUUUGUCUUUGGCAUCCAAACUCCGCUAGUGAGGAUCAACCGCCUUCUGCGUAUGCCACGACUCGACGAGGCCCUGGAUCGCAUGGAGACGAGAACCUCCUACCCAAACACCUUCCGCAUCUCCAAGCUCAUGAUCUACAUCUUCGUGUUGAUCCACUGGAAUGCUUGUCUCUACUUUGCACUGUCCAACUACAUCGGCUUUGGAAGUGAUCGUUGGGUCUACCCCAACAUCACCAACCCGGAGUUUGCCUCCAUGCGUCGUCAGUACUUCUACUGCUUCUGGUUCUCUGCUCAGAUUUUCACCACAGUGGGAGACACCCCUCUGCCAAAAAGGGAAGAAGAGUACCUGUUUAUGAUCGCAGACCUUCUCAUUGCCGUGCUGGUGUUUGCAUCGAUUGUUGGCAAUGUUGGAAACGUCAUCACGAGCCUAAGGGACCGUGAUAAUGUCUUCUUCCCUAACCAUGAGCUGGUGAAGGCUUACCUGCGUAGCCAUCACAUUAGCAAGGAGCUUCGACAGCGUAUCGACAACUGGUACCAGCACCUUCACAUCAACAAGAAGAUCAUGCGAGAGAAUGAAAUCCUGCAGCAGCUGCCUGUCCACCUGAGGACAGAGAUCGCUGUCAGUGUUCACCUUCCCACACUCUCCAAAGUCACCAUCUUCCAGAGCUGUGAGACAAGUCUGCUGGAGGAGCUGGUGCUAAAACUAACACCUCAGGUGUUCAGCCCAGGGGAGUACGUCUGCAGGAAAGGAGAUGUGGGCCAUGAAAUGUACAUUAUCAAAGAGGGGAAACUUGCAGUCGUAGCAGAUGACGGGGUCACAGAGUUUGCUGUGCUGAGUGAAUCCAAUUUCUUUGGGGAAAUUAGUAUCCUCAAUAUCAAAGGUAAUAGGUCAGGCAAUCGCCGCACUGCCAACAUCCGAAGCAUCGGCUACUCCGACCUGUUCAGCUUGUCCAAAGAAGACCUGACAGACGUGUUGUCAGAGUUCCCUGCAGCCAAACGUCACCUGGAGGAGAAAGGCAGACAGAUCCUCACCAAGAUGGGCAUGUUGGAGGAGGGUGGGGAGCGAGAGGAGGGGGAGGCAGAGAAAGUGGAAACCAAGAUAAACAGACUGGAGAGCAACCUGGAAAUCCUGCAAACAAAACUAGCUCGGCUUAUGGUGGAGUUAGAGUCGAGCCACCGCAAGAUGCAGGCCAGGGUGGAGCAGCUGGAGUGGGAGGUGGCAGCACUGGAGACUCAGCUACCAGACGAUGGGGAAGGAGAGAGAGAACAUGGAAGAGGGGAAGGGGUGGGAGGGGAGGUUGGAUGGGAACGAGAGGAGGCAGAGGGACAGGCAGAGGAGGGUUCAGAGGCAAAGGUGAAAAAACAGGGACAGGGAGAAGAUGGUAAUGAUGUGACCAAAGAUGGAGAUGGAGAGAGCACUAAAAGCACAAAAGAGGAUGGGGAAGGGAUGGUGGAGGGAGAUAAAUCAGGGAUUAAAGAUGAUCAGGAAAAGGACAAAGAUGAUGGAGAGAACAACAGAGAGAAAGGGGAUGAUAGACCUGGGAAAGGAGAUGGAGCUGAGAUUGAACCUGAAGAGGAGAAAGAAGAGUCAAGUGGAGAGAGAGAAUCUGAAGAGGGGAGAGAAAAGGCUGAAGAAAAUGUAGAAAUGGAGCAGAAAGAUGAAGGGCAGAAAAAAUGAACGAAAGAGCAAAACAACCGGAAAGGACAAAGCUUUAAAAAAAAAAAAAAUCUGUGUAUUUUUGUCUGUAGGUAUUUGUCUGUUUUAUAUUAAUAAAAAUAUUGCAUCUCAUUGACACAUUUUCUGCAAUACAACUUUGUACCACUAGAUGGCAGCAUUGUAUCCGAAAUAAUCCAAAACAGAGUAUGGUGUUGAAACUAUAUCAGGUGGUAUUUGAAUUUUUCAUUCAUUUAUUCAUUUUAUUUUACACAUUUUCCUCUUAAUUUUUGAUGAAAUACUUUAUAAUCAUUUUUAUAGGCUGAAUGCUGAUGAAUUGCUUGAUUCACUUCAUUUAACGAACAAAUGUUAUUUGGAGUUUUAUAUUCAUUUUGAAAUUUUUUAUAAUUUAAUUUGCCUCUCUUUUUUAUGACAUUUUCGUCAUGUUUAAUUUUACCAAAUGGUCUUCAGUGUUUCCCUUGUCGUUUCUUCCAUUUAGGGUGGAAAACCUAAAUAACAUUUAGACCAUCUUGGAGCUCUAAACGUUCCCCUUGAAAACUACUGAAUUAAAACUGUUUAAGGAACUUUUUCAGGGACAGUGACACAUUGCAGGGACUUUCUGGAAUGGAUAUUGCUAUAGCUAUAAAACAUUUUCAUGUGACAGGGUUCAAUGUGCAAAGAAAAUGAACUGCAAUUGCUUAUUUUUAGAUAUUAGAUUUAUGUGAUUGGUUGCUCUCUCCUUUUUGCAGUGAGGAUUUUUGGCAUCAGAAUUCUAAAUAUGUUAAAAUGUCUUACCUCGCUGAAGAGUCAUUUCGAAAAUGAUUGAUGUAAGCAAUAAACACGAUUCUGAUUCUGAUUCUGAUUCUGAUAAUAACAUUACACUGUCAGGAGCCAUUCUUCUAUAUUAUGACUACUUUUAUUUGCCUGAGGAUCUGAGGCUCCCAUUACAUCUUUUAAAUCACUUAGAAAAAAUGUUGUUGUUUUUUUUUCUAUUAAUUCCAGCACACACUUUUAUUUCCAACAUGUCUUAUCUGUUGUAUUAUUAUUGGUACUUAAAAAAAAAA